GGAGCGACAGGUCUCGGGCCCCAGGCGGAGCGGAGCGGGCGCCGGACCCCCAGGUGGAGCGACAGGUCUCGGGCCCUCAGGCGGAGCGGCGGGCCCCCGCCGGACCCCCAGGUGGAGCGACAGGUCUCGGGCCCUCAGGCGGAGCGACAGGUCUCGGCCCCUCAGGCGGAGCGGCGGGCGCCGGACCCCCAGGCGGAGCGACAGGUCUUCGGGCCCCCAGGCGGAGCGGCGGGCGCCGGACCCCCAGAUGGAGCACAGGUCCACGGGCCCCCAGGCGGAGCGAACAGAGUCUCGGGCCCGCUCAGGCGGAGCGGCAGGCGCCGGACCCCCAGGUGGAGCAACAACAGGUCU